AUGAAGGUUGGCGUUUUGUUUCACGAUCUGGGUAAUUUAGACACUGAUUCACUGGUAAAUCUUUUUGCCCAACUUCUGGGCAAUUUAGAACUUGAUGCCAAGAGUCAACUGAAGAUUAUACUCACAGAUACAUUUCGACUAUCGUACAAUCUCGACACUGCUUUAGGGAGGCUUUACAGUAGUAGUAGAGAUUAUUUGAUUUCAAAGGAUCUUUACAGGACCUCUAUUGAUGUUCUAAUCGAACAAUUCUCAGUAAACGAUUUACAAUUAGAUUGGUUAUUUGUACCGGAGGAAACAUAUGGUAAUAGGUUCACCCAUAAAAAUUUGCGAGUAUUCCAACAACCUAAAUCCAGUCCAUGGCAUGAUCUCCUAACUGAAGGUCCUUCGGAUUUCGAAAAGUACAAGGUGAGUGCGUUGGGAGGCACUUUCGAUCAUAUCCACGAUGGCCACAAGAUUCUUCUAACGAUGGCAGCCUUCAUAACUUCUUCCAGACUAAUAGUGGGUGUCACUGACCAAGAUCUAUUGGUUAACAAGAAAUACAGAGAAUUUUUAGAGACUGUUGAUGAGAGAUGCGAUAACGUUAAAAAAUUCUUGGCACUAUUAAAACCUACAUUGAAAGUGGAAAUAGUGCUGAUAAAAGACGUGUGUGGACCUACUGGUACGGUCCCGGAAAUUGAAGCAUUGGUUGUCAGCAGAGAAACAGUACAAGGUGGUCAAUUCGUUAAUAAGACGAGAAUUGAAAAAGGUCUAACUGAAUUAGACAUAUCGGUUGUUAAUGUAUUAGGUGGUAAUGAAGAAGAUGGUUGGAAAGAAAAAUUGAGUAGCACAGAGUUGAGGAAAAAGGACAUGGAACAACAGUAG